GCUUGGAGGCCGAGGCAGUUGUGGGCGAGAGUCCGUGAGGCCUGUUCUGGGCCAUGUUCGCGUGAGGACCCGCCGCCGCCGCCGCCCCCGUCCCGGCUCCGGCCGCGCGCGCAUCAUGGGCUCUAUUCUAAGCCGCCGCAUCGCGGGUGUGGAGGACAUCGACAUCCAGGCCAACUCGGCCUAUCGCUACCCCCCGAAGUCCGGAAACUACUUUGCCUCACACUUUUUCAUGGGUGGCGAGAAAUUUGACACCCCCCAUCCCGAAGGCUACCUCUUUGGUGAGAACAUGGACUUGAACUUCCUGGGCAAUCGCCCAGUCCAGUUUCCAUAUGUCACUCCCGCCCCCCAUGAGCCAGUGAAGACGCUGAGGAGCCUGGUGAACAUCCGCAAGGAUUCGCUGCGGCUUGUGAGGAACAAAGAGGAUACUGACAGCCCCACCGAGGAGAGUGAGAGGCCUCGGCUCCUCUACAGCUUGGAGUUCACCUUUGAUGCGGACGCCCGUGUGGCCAUCAGCAUCUACUGCCAGGCCACCGAGGAGUUCCUCAACGGCAUGGCUGUGUAUAGCCCCAAGAGUGCCGCUCUGCAGUCGGAGACUGUCCACUACAAAAGAGGGGUGGGCCAGCAGUUCUCCCUGCCCUCCUUCAAGAUUGACUUCUCUGAGUGGAAGGAUGAUGAGCUGAACUUUGAUCUGGACCGGGGCGUGUUUCCAGUGGUCGUCCAGGCAGUGGUGGACGAAGGGGACGUUGUGGAGGUGACUGGCCACGCCCACGUUCUCCUGGCUGCCUUUGAAAAGCAUGUGGAUGGCAGCUUCUCCGUGAAACCUCUAAAGCAGAAGCAAAUCGUGGACCGAGUCAGUUACCUGCUACAGGAGAUCUACGGCAUUGAGAAUAAGAACAACCAGGAGACAAAGCCCUCAGAUGACGAGAACAGUGACAACAGCAAUGAGUGUGUGGUGUGCCUGUCAGACCUACGGGACACACUGAUCCUGCCCUGCCGCCACCUCUGCCUCUGUAACUCCUGUGCUGACACCCUGCGUUACCAGGCCAACAACUGCCCCAUCUGCCGUCUGCCUUUCCGGGCCCUUCUACAGAUCCGGGCCGUGCGGAAGAAGCCUGGGGCACUGUCUCCUGUGUCCUUUAGCCCCGUCCUGGCCCAGAGCGUGGACCAUGAUGAGCACUCAUGUCCCUUUAAAAAAUCAAAGUCGCACCCUGCCUCACUGGCCAGCAAGAAACCCAAAAGGGAAACAAGUCCUGACAGCGUCCCGCCAGGCUAUGAGCCCAUCUCACUGCUGGAGGCACUCAACGGCCUACGAGCUGCCUCCCCUGCCAUCCCUUCCGCACCUCUGUACGAGGAGAUCACCUACUCAGGGGUCUCGGACGGCCUGUCGCAGGCUAGCUGUCCACUCGCUGGCGUUGAGCAGAUCCUGGACAGUGGCCACCACAAGGGCAAAGCACGGAGCAGGUCUCCAGACAGCACCCUACGGUCCCCAUCAUCCCCCAUUCAUGAAGAAGAUGAAGAGAAACUCUCUGAGGACUCAGACGCUCUUCCCCCACUGAGUGGCGUGGAACUGGCAGUGCGUGAGAGUAGCACCCCCGAGAGUUUCAUCAUGGAAGAGGUGGACGAGGUAUCAGCAUCUGUAAAGCAAGGGAGCCAGGCUGCAUCCACUGAGAAUGCCCUGCAGGACAGCAGCCCUGAGCACCGAGGCCUUGGCCCACCCGCUGACAUCUACCUGCCAGCUCUGGGCCCCGACUCCUGCUCUGCUGGUAUAGAGGAGUAA